AUGGGCGGAGCUGUGGCCGUUGGAGAACAGCCAAUUUGCGGAUUGAUCUCACCUGCAGCGAUGGCGCGGAGAACUCUGGCUGAAACCUUGACAAACCUUGCCUUCGCCCCAAUUACUGAUAUACGAGACGUAAAAAUGUCUGGCAACUGGAUGUGGGCUGCGAAGUGUGAUGGAGAAGCUGCAAAACUGGUGGAAGCCUGUGAUGCGCUGUGCGAGGGCCUUAAGGAGUGUGGUAUCGCGAUUGAUGGUGGGAAAGAUUCGCUAAGCAUGGCGGCCAAGGCAGGAGGAGAGCUUGUAAAAGCUCCAGGGACCCUUGUGCUAUCCGCCUACGCUCCUUGCACCGACAUUACAAAAGUGGUCAGCCCGGAUUUAAAGGGAUCAGCAAAUCCUGAUGGACACAGCGUACUUUUGUAUAUUCGAAUGGACUCAGGAAAAGGACAUCGGUUGGGAGGUUCUGCAUUGGCUCAAUGUUUAAAGCAGGUCGGAGGUGAAAGCCCGGAUAUCUCUUCAUUCACGGCUUUGGUCGAAGGCUUCAAAAUUAUACAAGAGUUGCUACUCGACGGGCUUGUCCUUGCCGGCCAUGAUGUAUCAGAUGGAGGUCUUAUCACAGCUAUGUUAGAAAUGGCUUUCGCCGGAAACAUUGGUCUGGAAGCUAAUGUCUCCGCAGAUUCUGGAGUCAAUCCUAUCGAUUUCUUCUUUGCUGAAGAAGCUGGAAUCCUUUUGGAGGUCGAAGAGCAUGAUGCCGAUUCCAUAUGCAAACGAUUCAAGCUUGCGUCAAAAGAAUUGAGCCCAAUAAUAGUCGGCAAAGUGCAUCAACGAUAUGGAUCCGACGCUACAGUACAAAUCUGUUUCAACGCUGAAACUGUUGUUGAGCAGGCACUGGCUGAUCUUCGUGAAAUUUGGGAAGAAACUAGCGAUCAACUAAAUCAAUUACAAUCGAAUCCAGAAUGCAUUGAGGAAGAAAAACAGGGCCGGCGUGACGUUAGGCAAUGGAGUUACAAAGCUGACUUUGACUACAGUGUACCGAAAAGUGUACUGGACGACCAGGGAAAUCAACCAAAAAUCGCUAUAAUCAGAGAAGAAGGUAGUAAUGGUGAUCGAGAAAUGGCUGCAGCUUUUAUUUUGGCCGGAUUUGCGACAUACGAUGUUACUAUGACCGAUAUGAUCAACGGCUUUCAGCUAUCUGAUUUUAAAGGAGUAGCUUUUGUUGGCGGCUUCUCGUAUGCAGAUGUGCUCGGCUCGGCUAAAGGAUGGGCAGCUGGUAUUCGUUACCACAACUCGGUGUUGGCGGAAUUUGAAAAGUUCCGUCAACGUACGGAUACUUUUUCGUUUGGUGUGUGUAAUGGAUGUCAACUGAUGGCACUACUUGGAUGGGUUGGGGAAUAUGAAAGCCAAGCUUCCGUUUUCCUUGACGAAAACCAUGUUGGGCGCUUCCACAGCCACUGGACCCCGGUUAAAAUCCCGAAAAGCAGAUCCAUAAUGCUGAGAGGAAUGGAGGGAUCCAUGCUUGGAAUUUGGUCAGUACAUGGAGAGGGCCGCUUUACAUAUCGUAAUGAAGAGGUGCUACACGGGCUCAAGAAAAACGAGCUUGUCGCGUUGCAAUAUAUGGAUCCGAGCGGAGAAGCGACCGUGAAAUAUCCCUGGAACCCGAAUGGGUCUCUUGAUGGGGUAGCGGCCAUUUGUUCGGAAGAUGGAAGACAUUUGGCAAUGAUGCCGCAUUCUGAUCGCGCCUUUAUGUCGUGGCAAUGGCCAGACAAGCUCAAAACUAACGUGAAGGAUGACAGCUUUUCUACUGCUCCUUGGAUGAAAAUGUUCCUGAACGCCUAUUCAUGGUGCCAAUCAAAA